AUGUCUUCUACGUUCACUACAGACGCCAGGACGCUGGCACAAGCACCACUAUAUUACCCUCAGCGACAACUGAAUCUCAAGAAUGUCUCGUAUCACUAUAAUCCAGAGGUUUCUCACUUUCAUUAUGGGCCCCACCAUCCAAUGAAGCCAUUCAGAUUGAUGCUUACAGACCAUUUGGUUAUUUCAUAUAAACUCUAUGAGAAAAUGGAUCUUUUCAUGCCACGGCGUGCCACUCGCGAGGAGCUCCUUGAAUUCCAUCUGGAAGAUUACGUAAAUUUUCUCCAACUGGUAACUCCAGAACUAAGUGCCAAAAUGGGGGAAGAAAAAUUGGCACAAUUCAAUAUUGGAGACGAUUGUCCCAUCUUUGAUGGCAUGUACGACUACCUGAGCAUAUACGCCGGAGCUUCUUUGGACGCAUCCAGGAAGUUGAUUAGUGGAAUGAGUGAUAUAGCCAUUAAUUGGUCUGGAGGACUUCACCAUGCGAAAAAAUCAGAGCCCUCGGGCUUCUGUUACACCAACGACAUUGUUCUUGCCAUUCUUAAUUUGUUGCGUGUGCAUCCGCGUGUAAUGUACAUCGAUAUCGAUCUACACCAUGGAGAUGGAGUUCAAGAAGCAUUUAACACUACAGACCGUGUCAUGACCGUGUCUUUUCACAAAUAUAACGGAGAGUUUUUCCCUGGAACGGGUUCUAUAGAUGAGGUGGGAAUUGGGGCUGGUACAAAUUACGCCGUUAAUGUACCCCUCAAAGACGGUAUCGAUGACGAUUCGUACAUUCAUUUGUUCAAGCUGAUCAUGGAACCUCUAAUCACCAAGUUCCAGCCCACAUGCAUCGUUCAACAGUGUGGAGCUGACUCGCUUGGUUACGAUAGAUUGGGCUGCUUCAACCUUAAUAUUCGUGCUCAUGGUGAAUGUGUGAAGUUCAUCAAAUCUUUUGGCAUCCCCAUGUUGGUUCUCGGAGGAGGAGGAUACACGCCGAGAAACGUUUCGAGGCUCUGGUGUUAUGAGACAUCUGUGUUGAACGACAUAACGCUUGAGCUGAAGAUUCCUAGUAACAUUCCCACUUAUGACUGGUUUGGCCCUGAUUAUUCGCUCCAUCCACAACUUGAGGGUCGUCUUGAUAACAAAAACUCCAAGAAAUACCUUGAGAACGUGAAAAAGUACAUUUUGGAGCAGCUACGGUUCAUCAAUUAUGCGCCAUCGGUGCAGAUGCAAGAGAUCCCACCAGAUCUCACAGGGUUGACAGAAGAGGAAGAGCAGGCCAUUCGGGAAUUGAACGAAGAGGAGGAGGAAACUCGAAAGUAUCAAGCAGUGAAGGAUGAGGCACGCCUGGGAGAGGUGUAUGCGUAG